AUGCCAAUCACAAAGAAGCGCAAGGUCGCACCGGCGCCUGCUGAGGAGUCGGAGACCGUUGUCCCCUCAAGCCCGGAACCCAGUCCUGCACCUGAGGAUCAAGAAGCUGCGGAAGAUAACGAUGCGGAGGCCGAAACCGAGGCUAGCGCCCCCAAAAGCUUCAAAGAACUCGGUCUCAUUGAUUCACUAUGCGAAGCUUGUACCAACAUGGGCUACAAGCAACCAACACCCAUUCAGAGCGAGACGAUUCCACUAGCACUCCAGGGCCGCGACAUCAUCGGACUCGCCGAGACAGGUAGUGGAAAGACUGCCGCAUUUACUCUUCCUCUCCUCUCUUUCCUGAUGGAGAAGCCCCAGCCGUUCUUUGGUCUUAUCCUCGCCCCGACCCGUGAACUGGCAUACCAAAUCUCGCUCGCAUGCGAGUCCCUCGGUUCCACCAUCAAUGUACGAUCUGUCACCCUUGUCGGUGGUAUGGAUAUGGUGCCGCAGUCCAUUGCGCUGGGAAAGAAGCCUCACAUCAUUGUCGCGACACCCGGCCGUCUUCUCGACCAUCUUGAGAAUACCAAAGGCUUCAGUCUGCGCAACCUCAAGUAUCUCGUCAUGGACGAGGCCGAUAGGCUUCUGGACAUGGACUUUGGUCCGAUUCUUGAUAAGAUUCUCAAAGUGCUUCCUCGUGAGCGUCGCACGUUCCUUUUCUCAGCAACAUUAUCUUCCAAGGUCGAAUCCCUCCAGCGUGCAUCUCUCACAAACCCUGCGCGUGUCUCGAUUUCAUCAAGCAAAUACCAAACGGUCUCUACGCUGAACCAGACAUUCCUGCUGCGGCCCUUCAAGCACAAAGACAUCUACCUUGUGUACUUGCUCCACAAGUACAUGGGCCAGUCUGCUAUCAUUUUCAUGCGCACAGUACAUGAAACUCAGCGCAUCGCCUUCUUGCUGCGUGGACUUGGAUUCGGUGCGAUUCCUCUACACGGACAAAUGUCCCAGUCCGCACGUUUAGGUGCGCUGGGUAAAUUCAGAUCUAAGAGCAGAGAGAUCUUGAUUGCAACUGAUGUGGCUGCUCGUGGUCUUGAUAUUCCAUCAGUCGACAUUGUGCUUAAUUACGACCUCCCCAGUGAUUCAAAGACUUACAUUCACCGUGUUGGACGCACAGCAAGAGCUGGAAAGGCUGGUACCGCCAUCAGCUUUGUCUCUCAGUACGACGUUGAGGUUUGGCAACGUAUCGAAGCCGCUCUUGGCAAGACCCUCGAAGAACACGAUGCACCCAAGGAGGAUGCGAUGGUAUUCGAAGCCAGUGUUCACGAGUCUCAGCGCGAUGCCAUCCAGGCUAUGAAAGUUUACGACGAAAAGAAGGGAUCCAAGGGCAAGGGCAAGUUCAGCUUCAAGGGCAAACGCGGCCGCGAUGCUAUGGAUCAGGAAGAAGGUUAA